AUGGAAUGCCAAAUCCCCCAGCCCUCUCUGCAGUCCUUUCUCAAGGCCUCGGAAUCGGGUUGCCCUGUCUGUUAUGAGUUCCAGACUUUGAUAGGAGAAGCCCGCCUAGAGAUAUUCUCAGAUUUGUCCACAUUGAACGCGUUUUCGUAUUGGGUAUUGGAACGCGAAGAGGGUGGCGGAUAUAUCCUUAACCUUGCGCUUGAUGACGACUACGACAAGCUCAUCGCAGAUCGCUUAGAGUUGGACCUCGAAGUCCUUCCACCGCAUAUCUAUGAUGGACCAACGGAGAAUAAUUCUCUGUUCGUGGGUGAUAGUACCGCUUCAGACGCAGCAUGGGCUCAAGCAUUCAAAUGGUAUCAAGAGUGUCUUUCCAUGCAUACUGCGUGUAAAUCCAGCAGUCACUAUCUACCAUCAAGACUCCUUGGUCUUUCUGGGGACGACCCAGGGGUUAUCAGGCUGGUAAAUACGAAGGUUGAAGGAAAGGGGAUAGAUUGCUACGCAACACUCAGCCAUUCUUGGGGCGAUGCAAACAUCCUCACACUCCAGUCCUCAACGCUUGAUACGUUCCAGCAGGGCAUCUCUCUCUCGCUACUGCCAAAAACCUUUGUAGAGGCAAUUGCCGUCUCCCGCCGGUUUUCAAUACCUUACCUGUGGAUUGACUCGCUCUGCAUCAUCCAAGACUCUGUAGCUGACUGGCGAGCCGAAGCCAUGUCGAUGGAAGGCGUCUACAGCAACAGCAGGCUCAAUAUCAUGGCUACCGCUUCUCAAAAUAGCCACGAGGGGCUCUUCCGAUCACGCGACCCGAAACACCUCGCACUCUGCAUCGUCGAAUCGCAAUGGAUUGACGCCGCGAACGGCCGAUUCAGUAUAGUGCAAGACGAGAUGUGGCAGACAGAGAUGACGGACGCGCCUCUAAACCAGCGAGGCUGGGUCCUGCAGGAACGCAUCCUACCGCCGCGCGCCCUCCACUACGGCCAGCACCAGCUACUCUGGGAAUGCAGGGAGUUAGACGCAUGCGAGAAGUAUCCAACAGGUCUGCCAAAAUCACUCCGCAAUGCCUUCACGGGAGUCAAGAUUACCGAUCCAGAGGCCUACCAGCGUUACCACUACGGCUGGCAUUCCGGAGAUAGUGGCAGUAUUGGCAAAGGGGAACGCUUGAAGACAGCAACAGAGUAUGCGUACAUGCUGUGGAGUCGCUGGAUUUUAGUUUACAGCAGCAUGCGGUUCACUCGGUACUCGGACCGGCUCAUCGCAUUUAGCGGGCUCGCUAAUCGGAUGCGGGCCAUCCUCCGAGAUGAAUACCUCGCGGGGCUAUGGCAGUCCAGGUUUGUCGACGAGCUGCUGUGGUUUACCUUAAAUGAUGACUCGUUCGAGGGCGAGUCCAGGCCUUACCGGCCGCCAGACGGCGGUGCACCUAGCUGGUCAUGGGCGUCCGUGACCGGAAAUGUCUUCGCUGGCAGAACCUUAGAGUCUACCGGCAAGGUCUACCACCUUGAUCUGAAAGCGGUCAAUGUGACGCCGGUUUCCGGGAGAGAUGGAGACGAUAACAACAAUGACACAGGCGCUAUAUUGGACGGCCAGGUCCGGAUAAAAGGAUUUCUCAAGCGAGGAACCCUACUCAAAAAUGUAUAUCACAUGCCAGAAGAAGACUAUGAGGCUCCUGCGACGGUGUAUCGUGUUGAGGUCGAUGGGAUAGAACCAUUUUUCGCAUUCGUCGACGAACCCAUGGUGGAUCGGGACACAAUGAAGAUUGUCGUCCUCCCUGUGCUUACGAAUCUGGGGGACUCGGACUCGGAUUCGGAUUCGAAGGAAAAAACGCUGCAUGCAUUGCUGCUUCGGAGGCCAGCCGGGUUGCCUAGAGGGUUCUAUGCGAGGGUAGGCUAUGUGUCCGGAAUAGAAAAGAAAUUCUCUGGCAGCCAGCUGUGUGACUUCUUUCACGACUACCAGACUGCUACCUCCACCCAAGGAAAGGGAGGAGGCGGUGCGGGGCUUCGAAAUUCGCUGCGAAAGCUGGUUCGGGCAAAAGAGCCAAGUAAAUCAGGAGGCUCGUGGCCAAAGCUGGGAGACGAAAAGCUGUAUCUUUCAGGUGCCUAUGGGGAGGUCAUCAUCGUUUGA